AUGCAGACCAUAAUACGUCAGAGCUUAAAAAGAACACAUCUAUCCUCAAGAACAAUCCUCAGAACAUGUCAAGUGAGAACACUUGCUACAUCCAAUCUGAGCAUUCGAUGGGGCCCCAAGGAGCCUCCUCUUUAUAAUGGCACAAUCCCAGAACAUUUUGCCUCAGUUGUUUCAGCCCACGGAGAUCGCGAGGCUGUCAUCGCUCGUUCUCCAGGACCUAAUUCCCAUGAGUCGACACUAACAUACUACGCCCUGGACUCAUUAUCAAACAGCCUCGCACAUUCUCUCUCCUCACUCGGCGUGCGAAAGGGAGACUGCGUGGCCGUAUCUCUCGGUAAUGGCCCUGAGUUCGCAGCUUUAACAUACGCCUGCUUCAAACUUGGUGCUAUCCUCGUGCCGCUGAACCCAGGCUUCAAUGAGCAACAAGUAGCCGCAGCACUGAAACAUCUAUCUGUGGAAACGCUCAUUAUCGGUGCUGUGACGGAUCUGGCUUAUAAGCCAGGAAGGGGCCGAAGUAACCAACACUUGCUCCAGAGCAUUGUGGGAGAUGUAUCCGCGUCCCAGAUCCAGAGCGAGACGGUCCCCUCUUUGCGUAACGUUGUGGUGCUAGACAACCUGGCGAGCCAUCCAGAUAUCAAAUUCGACCUCAAAUCAUGCCGGGCCUUCACUCCCUACCAAUCUCUAAUCGACGGCUCAGUUCACACAGUAAAGCCAGACUCUCCUCUGAAACCUAGCGAUGUCAUCAACAUCCAAUUCACAUCGGGCACGACCUCGCUUCCCAAAGCAGCCAUGCUUUCACAUCGCGCAAUUCUCAACAACGGUGCCUUGAUAGCGCAUCGAAUGGGUCUUCAUGCCGAUGAUCGUAUCGUGGUCCCUCCACCGCUGUUUCACUGCUUCGGUUGUGUGUUGGGAUACAUGGCUACGGCUACGACAGGCGCUGGUAUUCUUUUCCCCAGCCCUGCGUUUGACCCUGAGGCCACUCUUCGCAUGUGUGUCGACCAUGAAGCUACGGGUCUUUAUGGUGUGAACACCAUGUUCGUUGCUGUUCUUGAGGCUCUGGAUCGAGGCAAUGUCGUCUCGCAACCACCUCGUCACCUACGCAAGGGCAUUGCUGCUGGCAGUAGCGUCCCUCCCUCUCUCAUGAACACAUUAUACGAGCGUCUUGGUCUCCAGGAUCUAGUUAUCUGCUAUGGUCAGACCGAGACAGCUCCCGUGAGCUGCAUGACCAGCCCCUCGGAUCCUUUCGAAAAACGAACCUCAUCCAUAGGCCGCGUCAUGCCUCACACGGGCGUCAAGAUUGUCGAUCCCCUCGAUCACAGCAAGAUCCUCCCUAUUGGAGAACGAGGCGAACUUGCUGCAGCAGGCUAUCUCGUUAUGGAGGGCUACCAUGGGGAUAAGGCUCGAACAGCCGAGGUCCGUAAACCAGAUCCAGAAGACGGAACAAUAUGGAUGUACUCUGGUGACGAGGCUGAGAUGGAUGAACAAGGCUAUGUGCAGAUUACUGGCCGAAUCAAGGACCUCAUCAUCCGUGGCGGAGAGAAUAUUCACCCGUUAGAAGUGGAAGACUGCCUUCUGACGCAUGAAGGUGUACGGGAAGCCAGUGUCGUGGGAGUUCCUGACGAGCGAUAUGGCGAGGCAGUCGCUGCAUUCGUUAUCCCUGCGCGAGGAUGGACGCCUCUAGAUCAUAUGAAAGACACAGAGGAGGCGCCUAUUGAUAAAGCAAUCGCUGAAGAGCCAGGGACUUUGUCAAGAGAUGGGUUAAGGCAAUGGGUUGCAACAAAGCUGUCCAAGCAUCUCGUGCCCAAGUAUGUGUUCUGGAUCGAUGAGUAUCCCAAGACACCAAGUGGAAAGGUGCAGAAGUACAAGCUAAAGGACUAUGCGAAGGAAAUACUAGGAGACGAGGACAACAAGGCGGCGCAGUGA